UGUUGUCCGUUGGCAGAAAUGCCCGACUGUUGCGCUGCCGUUGGAUGUUCCCAUCAGAGAAGUGCCAGAACCAAAGAGCAGGGGAUAACAUUUCACAGGUUCCCAAAAGAUAAAGUUAAAAGAAAGGCAUGGAAAGCAGCACUGAGGAGAAGAGACUUUGAGCCAAAUGACCGCUCAGUCAUCUGCAGCUGUCAUUUCAAGACAGAAGACUUUGACAUGACAGGACAGACAACUCGUUUAAAGGAAGGAGUGAUCCCAUCAGUUUUUAUAUUUUCUGACCGUCUUCGAAAGGUGCCCAGUAAACCCAGGUCGAGCAGGACCUCGCAAAAGGCUGCUGCAGAAAUUAAUCUCCAGGUGCCCAGUGAACCCGGGUCGAGCAGGACCUCGCAAAAAGCUGCUGCGCAAAGUCCAGAUGGUCACGUUCAGCUGUCAGAGGGUCAAUCUGAGGAGUCCACCUCAGAUCAUCAGUAUGCCCUUGACCCAGUUAACAUAAAAAGAAAGUUAACCGAGGCUCAGCAGAGGGUGGAGGACUUGCAACGGGACUUAAGAAACGCCAAGGAUCGGGAAAGGAGGCACAAGAGGAUAGUGAAAUCUCUACUAAAGGACUUAAAGCAUAAAAAUAUGCCGACAGCGGAACUGCAGCAGGAGCUGGACUUAUACUCGGAUCAUCCAGUUUAACUCUUCAAGCAGCACCACGCCUUCACUCCUGCUCAGAGGGAAUUUGCUUUAACACUUCGUUUGCAUGGUUCUAAAACCUAGAAGUACUUGAAAGAAAAACCCAGUGAUGGUUCCACUCCCACAUCCUCACACUCUGCAAACAGAAUAGAGGAUAUCAGAACAUCAGGAGUGAGUUCAGGAUGACCCUCACACAUACACAAUACCCGGCUUUGUGGAUCUCAGGAGAUGGCGUUGAUGAGAGCGAUGUGGCCGGUGAAUGUUUUGUGUUUGUGGUUGUUGGACUGCAAGGCCACUGGAAGACGCCUUUUGCUUCCUUUUUGAUUCAGACAUUGAAACCAGACAUUCAGAAUGCUUUGCUGCAGCAGGCCUUAGAGGCACUACAUGAGCAAGGUGUUAAAGUACUGUGUGUGAGUCAUGAUACUGCCUUUUCCAAAUAAAAUAUAAAUUUAAAAAGAAAUAAAGUACUGUGUGUGAUAAUGAACAGGCAUUUAUGCAACAUCAGGACGUCCAGGCUCCCAUGUGCCUGAUGGUCCUCCUUCAAAAUAGUGUUUUUUAAUAUUUUUUUAUCUUCUUGCUGAUAUACUGUAUGUAUAGUUUUUGUACAUAAUGUGUGAAUUUAAAAUGUAAAUGAGAAAAAUAUGAAUAUUUCACUUUAAAUGUGAUAAAAUUGAAUUGUGAAGCCUUCCAGAAAUUUACUUGAUCUUUUAACUAAAAUGUUUGUUCAAAUGAUGUCUUUUUUAAAAAGAUUA